AUGGAGUCCCUGGUUGAAGAACUGACCUGUCCGGUCUGCCUGGAGCUGUACGAACAGCCGGUUCUCCUGCCCUGCGCACACAGCCUGUGUAAAAAGUGUGCUGGUGACGUUUUGGCUGAAGCCGCGAGGAAACCGCCUCAACAAGCAGCUGGGCAAGGGGCGGCGCCCAAGCAGGUUCAGUGUCCCAGUUGCAGACAUGAGUUCCAGCUCCCCGAACUCGGAGUGGAGGGCCUCCGCCGGAACACCACACUGCAGAACAUCGUGGACCGCUACCGGGAAGCAAAGAACACUGCGGCGGCCCCCAAGGCGGUUCCCUGUCAGAUGUGCGACCUGGAACCGCCGGCUGAGGCUGUGAAAACCUGCCUGGUCUGCGACACCUCCUAUUGUGAAGCGUGUUUGUCAAAAUACCAUCCCAUGAGGGCGGGACUGGCCAGGCACACGCUGACUGAACCAUCGGCAGCAGCUCCUAAAGUACUCAUGUGCGCUGAGCAUGUUCAGGAGAAGGUGACCAUGUACUGUGAGGCAGACGGUUGCCUCAUCUGCUCCAUCUGCAAACUUGUUGGAAAACACAAGGACCACGAGGUCGCCGCAUUGUCGGACACAUUUCAACGGAAGAAGGAUUCUAUCGGUGGGCGUGUCGCCGGCCUGAUUCAGCAAAAUGCUGAAGUAGAGUGUUUUGUGGAUAAGAUCCAAGGGACGAUGACUCAAACUCAGGAAAACUGUGCUGGCAUAAAAAGGAGUGUAGAUGCGUUUGCCGAUAAGCUGGCUUUUGCCAUUGCGAAAAGGAAGAGCGAGCUCCAUACAAAGGUUGAAGAAGAGAGGAACCAGAAGCUGGGUACUUUGGGUCAGCAGCUCGACCAAUGGGCGGACACCGGGACGGGCAUCACAGCUGCUAUCGCAGAGGCGGAGACACUUCUGAAUGAAGAGGAUCCCAUCGCCUUUCUGCAGGCCUCUAGGAUGGUGGAAGACAGACUCGCUGCCUUCGCACACUUGAAUGAACGUAAGCUGAAGACCACCGACCAGUUCACCAACAGCACUGUUGCGGUCUCCGACCUGGAGCAGAAGAUAUCGUCACUGAGCUUUCUGCAAGUUCCAGAAGUGCCAAUAAUCCUGACUGGCCAGUGCACAGCUGGUCGUGACUACAUCACCGUGUCCUGGGCUGCAGGGGGGAACACGCCUGUCGACCAAUACAGCUUCUGGUAUAGAAAGGCGAACCAAAGUGACUGGCAAGGCACAUUCUUCACCAGCAAUACCUCCAUCAUACUAAAGUCUUUAGAAGAGAACACUGCUUAUGCAGCUGUGGUUGCCGCGACCAAUGCAGCAGGAAACGCUAUGUCCCAACCUGUGGACAUCAAAACUAAACGCGGUGCUUUGCAGUUUGCUCUAUGCGGGUCUUCAGAAUCAAUGGUCAUCACCAACAAAUGCAUGUCUGCCACGUACUCCAAAGACGUCCGUUCAACGUACAACGGGCGCCACAACCAAGAAUUCAACGAAGGAGUCGUAACGACUAAUGUUGUAAUUGAUAAAGGACGGCACUAUUGGGAGGUAAAUGUACAGGGAAGUUCUGAUUUUGGGUUAGGUGUUGCGGUGACACGUCACCCAAGGUCAGAAAGUGAUCGCAACGUUAGGAGGCCGAGGCCGAGGGGUUACGUUGUGUGA